CCCGAUAACAGCUUCUCCUCACCUUUCCAUUCGCCAUCUCCAGCGAUCGACCGUCGGUCUGGUCUGUCGUACAAUGUUCGCUUCAAGGACUACUGCUCGGCUUGGGUGCUGGAAAGCUACACGCUUGCCUCGCGCGCGCUAUCUCCAUGAUCUCCACAAGCACACUCAGAACAGAUUCUUGCAGGUAUCAGAAGAGGUUCGCCAUGCCGUUGCGACAGGCAAACCAGUGGUCGCUCUUGAGACGACGAUCUAUACUCACGGUUUUCCAUAUCCCGAGAACAAAGCUCUCGCAGAGCUUCUAGAAUCAGUGGUUCGCGAGAAUGGCGGUGUCCCUGCCACUAUAGGUAUUCUCGGAGGCAUUGCCCGGGUAGGAUUGACUGCAGAGGAGAUGGUUGAGCUGGCCUCGACAGCAGAGCAGAAGACUGCUUUGAAAGUAUCCCGUCGGGACCUUGGGUAUAUCUGUGGCUUGGGCAUGGCAGGCAAGAAGAUCCAUGGCGGCACAACUAUCUCUGGCACAAUGAUUCUUGCAGAGCUUGCUGGUAUCAAGAUCUUCGGUACUGGAGGGCUAGGUGGUGUCCACCGCGGAGGCGAGAACUCUAUGGAUAUAUCUGCUGAUCUGACGGAGCUGGGACGUACUCCUGUGACGGUCAUUAGUUCCGGAUGCAAGAGUUUCCUGGAUAUCCCCCGCACGCUCGAGUAUCUCGAGACUGAGGGGGUCUGUGUGGGUACUUUUGCUGAUGGCCGUGAGGGAUCGGUCGAUUUCCCCGCUUUCUUCACGCGGGACAGCGGUAUCCGCAGCCCGCGGGUUAUUCAGGACGAGGCUGAAGCCGCCGCUAUUGUUUAUGCGCAAUCAAAGCUCCCAGUUCACUCUGGUAUCCACUUUGCUAACCCGGUGCCACGGGAAGCGUCCGUCUCCAAACCGGAGAUGGACCGUAUUAUUGAAGAGGCCGUGCGUCUUGCUGAUUUAGAAGGCUACAAAGGCAGUGACAACACUCCCUUCAUUCUGGGUAAAAUCAAGGAGCUUAGCUGCGGGAAGAGUGUGAUCGCUAAUCGCGCUUUGGUCGAGUCUAAUGUCAAGCGCGCAACGCGGGUGGCUGUGGAGCUGGCCAAACUCGAGAAUGUUGACCGGGGGUCUGCAGCUCGACACAUGCCCGCUAUCCCGAGGACUGUUCGAUCAGACGCUGCCAAGGACACUACAAAGCCGAGCAAACCUCCCGUCAAGGCAGAGAAAUCUCCUGACCUACCGGUAAAGGCAGAUGUUCUGGUAGCUGGCUCGCUUGCAAUCGAUUUGUCUUGCGACUAUACACCCUUCGGCUCAGAGCUGGCCCAGGUUGCCCCCGUGCCACACACAUCUAAUCCUGCAGUCAUCGGACAAAGCCUCGGUGGCGUAGGCCACAACGUCGCAGUUGCAGCUAGUUAUGUCGGCAGCGAGGUUCUAUUUUGCAGCGUGGUCGCUGAUGACCUGAGCGGUCGAGCAGCCCUUGCAUCCCUCGAGAAAGAAGGGCUCAGCAACGCAGGCAUCCAAGUUCUCCCCGCGGUAUCAGGCACACGAACAGCACAAUACGUGGCCAUCAACGAUGCCAAAAAGGAUCUUCUUGUUGCCAUGGCUGACAUGGGUAUCGUUGAGCUACCGGAGCACCAGCUCGACUUUGAAGGAUUCUGGGAACCUUUGAUCGAACGCACAAAGCCGCGCUGGGUCGUUGUCGACGCAAACUGGCGCCCUGAAGUUCUCGCAAAGUGGACGGCUUUGGCUCGCAGACACGGAGCUCGCGUGGCGUUCGAACCUGUAUCGACUGCCAAAUCGCGCCGCCUGUUUGGCCGUGACGCCAGCGGCGCUGAUGCGGCUGUUGGCCCUGCGCAGACAGUGCCUAACAAUGCCAUCAGCCUGGCUUGCCCUAACAAACUUGAAUUGUCAGCGAUGUACAUGGCAGGACGCGAGGCACUUAUCUUCGACUCACCCAGCUGGUGGUCUAUUAUCGAUGCGAUGGGACUUUCCCCUACUGGCUCACGCGAGCGCCUCGUAAUGGCUACCUCAGCUAAGCUGGUGGAUGAAGGUCUCCCACAGCAGUCCAUCCAGCUCCUCCCUUUCAUUCCAUGCAUCAUCACCAAGCUAGGUGCAGCCGGUGCUCUUCUAACCCAGCUCCUGCCACCUAAUGAUCCGCGGCUAGCCGAUCCCGAUUCCGCACCUUAUAUCCUGUCUCGUGCUUCCUCGGCUGACAUGCCCUUUGGCGGCGUUUAUAUGCGUCUCUUCUCGCCCACUGAUAUUUUGAUACCUGAAGAGGUUGUCAGCGUCAAUGGUGCUGGUGAUACCCUGCUGGGUGUCAUGGUUGCCGGCCUCGCCAAAUCUGCCACGCCCCCGCGCGUCGAGGAUAUUCUUCCCGUGGCGCAGGAGGCGAGUCGGAGAACCCUGAUGAGUGCUGGAGGUGUGAGCAAGGACCUGGUAGGGUUACGGGCUAAACUGGAAUCUAUUGUAUAACGAGGUUGAUGGCACUGCAUAUGUACCGGAUUAUAUCCAGCAAUCCUUGACGAAGAGUAGACUAUCUCUAUUAGCUAGCUAUCCCUAGGGCAACUAUCGCUACUAAACAGGACGGCUCAUUCAAAAGAGCUUAUACUAGCGCUCCAAGAGCGCGAUCGUGAGCUACAUGCUAUCAAAUAAGGGUAUAGACGAAUUCACCAGCGCUACUCCUAGAUACGUGUCUCGAUAAUCCGAUAGACAAUUUACAAUGUAUCUGAACGCCGAAUAGUGUAUUAAAACCUCACUCUGGCCGCCCGAAGAAGCUCACCGAAUAUCAAAAAGUUCGAGUCUUCUAGAAGAAUUGAAUGUAAAAUCUCAAAAUCUCUUGGCUACUGCAAUAUGGUGCAACAAAGGCAAGGUAGAGCGACUAUGUGUAUUUCCGACUCAGUCGUCUCGACAUUUCUUUGUAUCCCUGCUAAUUACCCUCGCUUUCCCGUAUUCAUCUUAGGCACGAGGUCUGCAUCCAAUAGUCCCGCCUGCACAAGGACAUCCGCCUGGUCCCAAUACAAGCUCUGAUGGACAAUCCGAUCAGCAAAGAAACUAGCCACGACCACGACGGUCACCUGGAUAUCACGAUUCGUCGGCGGUACACAAGGAAGUAGCCAUGGUACUUCCUUGCUAUGGCAGAAUGUAAAUAGAAUCUCGUCCACGAUACGAUCAGCGCCAACAGUCCGUGAUAAAAGACGAAUGUGCUGACUCGGUGGGCCAGCAGGUAUAAAUACGUCCGCAAAGAAAGUCCUCAGAUCCUCCGGAGUAGAUCCUGGUAUACGUUAGUAUCAGAUUCGAAGCAAUAUUCUGCCAGUAUAUCGUAUCAGAUUGGACAGGUGUUCGAUCUCACCUCCAGCCUUUGUAGGCGCACAAACAACCUUCGCAAUCUGCUCAUCAAGCAAAUCCAUCCCCCCUCCUUGACUGAUCCGAUUAUUCCCCGAUCUUAGCACAACAUCCACCGCCGACCGAGCAGCACCCGUCUUCACCCUCUCACUCUUGACCUUGUCCAAAUCACCCAUCAGUCUCAUCCAAUACUCUUCCCAAACAGUCUCAAUAUCAUCAACGGGCCAAUUACCCCCCGCGCCAAAAGCAUGACGCAAACACCCUAACGCUCGACUCCACGCUAACUGCGAACCAAUGCGGUCAUCAUCGUGAGGCCCGUUAUCCUUAAUGCUAUAAUUAGACGGUUUGUGUUCUGCGAAACCGGCCCGUGCAUCGGGAUAUGUGUAUACGUGACAGCGGUGCCGCUUUUUGUAGGAGACGUCGCCCUCGGUGGGACUCAGGCCGAUCCAGGGCCAGAAGGUCGGGGAGUCUGGACGGUGGCCUGGGAGAUGGAUUUGGAUUGGGAGGUAAGAUUCUGAGGGGCGGGGAUCAAAGAUGGAGCUUGUGUCUGAGCAGGCGGGGAUACAGCAUUCUUGGUUGUGAGACGAUAACAUGUUGGCGAGUUGUUCGGUUGAGGUUAGCGGGUAGUAGGCGAUCAGGGCGCAGAGACGAGGGAACGGGUUGGUGCUGCUGGCUGUGAGAUGGUGAGAGCCGAGGAGGUAGUAUGCUGGUCGAUUGUAUGCUGCUAGAAUUAGUUAUGUCGCCUUUCCUCGAUGAUUUAGUUGGUGGAGGUACAUACCAACUAUAGCAUAUCGCUCCCCGGCCUCCAAUUCGUCCUCCUUCUCAUGCACAGCAAACUCCAAAGCCUUGCGAUCUUUCUCCGCAUCAUCGGUACAGACAAAUCCAAGAUACGUCACAUCAAAUCCCUCCGCUUGAAAGCGCUGGAUGAUAUGCGGGUCGAAGGUAGCAUUAUCCGAGAUCAAUAUCAAGUGUCGCGGCGAGGGUUCGUCGACAGUUGACCGCCGGUUGCGCUUCCAAGAAUUCCCACUUGUAGUUCGAUGCAACUCAUGCGAUCUUCUUGGAAUAUUACUGCCAUUGGCUCCAGAUUCAGGAACGGUGCUGCCGGAACCGGUCGUGGCUCGUCUGGCAAGGCGCUGGAAAACGUUUACCAUGAUGGUGGAUGUGUUUGGAUGAAGAUGAAAGCCCAGGACAGAAAAGCCCCUGCUUUAUAAACAAUAUUCCGGGUGUUCCGGAGGAGUCAUUUCUUGGAUGACAUCGGACAAGAGCGCAACUCGAC